UAUUGAGCACCAUGUCUUUCAUUGACGUUGCUGAGGACUCUGACUUCUCCUACCAGAACCUUCCUUAUGGUAUAUUCUCAACCCCAUCAAACGCGACUCCACGUAUUGGAGUAGCUAUUGGAGACUGGGUGUUGGACGUGGCAGCAGUUAAACACCUCUUCAGUCCUGAACUUGUUGAGCAAUGUAUUGAAGGACAGACGACACUGAACGCCCUGAUGGGAGCAGGUCGUCCAGCAUGGACUGAGUUCAGGAACACCCUCAAGAAGAUCCUGUCUAAAGACGAGUCAGCUCUGCAAAACAACGCAGGGUUGAGGUCUGGUGCUCUUAUUGCUGCGAAGGAGGUCACGAUGCACAUGCCUGCUACUAUAGGUGACUACACGGACUUCUACUCGUCACGUAACCACGCUACUAAUGUUGGAACUAUGUUUAGAGGGAAAGACAACGCCCUGCAACCUAACUGGCUGCACCUGCCAGUAGGAUAUCACGGUCGAGCCUCCUCAGUGGUCCUCAGUGGAACUGAGAUCAGACGACCUGCGGGACAAAUCCUACCCUCGCCCACUGCCACUACACCGGUGUUUGGAGCUUGUAGACUUUUGGACUUUGAGCUGGAAAUGGGAUUCUUUGUAGGACCUGGCAACAAAUUUGGGGACGCUAUAAAAAUGGAAGACGCUGCUGAUCAAAUAUUCGGAAUGGUUCUGAUGAACGACUGGAGUGCUCGUGAUAUCCAGAAGUGGGAAUAUGUUCCGUUAGGUCCCUUCAAUGGUAAGAACUUUGGAACGACCAUCUCACCUUGGGUGGUAACCAUGGAUGCGCUUGCUCCAUUCCGGCUUCCACUGGAACCUAAGACUGAUCCAGAACCACUGCCUUAUUUGGUCGAGAAGGAUAGUUACCAGUUUGACAUUAAACUCUUCACUGCGAUUCAAGGAGAAAAUAUGAACAAAUCAGAGAUUGUGGCGUCAAGUAACUUCAAGUACAUGUACUGGAGCCCUCGUCAACAACUGGUGCACCACAGUGUUACUGGGUGUAACAUGAGACCUGGAGAUCUGCUUGGAUCUGGUACUAUCUCCGGCACCGAACCUCACGAAUAUGGCUCUAUGUUAGAGUUGUGUUGGAAAGGAACUAAAGAAGUAAAACUUGGAGACUCUGGAGAAAUCAGAAAAUUCCUCAAGGAUGGAGAUGAUGUGAUAAUGACAGGGUACGCACAAGGUAUGGGCUAUAGAGUAGGAUUCGGGAAUUGUACCGGUAAAGUCCUUCCUGCUAACCAACUUUGAUAGGAGUUAGGACAAUUCUAGUAUUUUAUUAUUUUAGUAUAACGGAACGGAAUAUUAUUUAUUAUUAGUACAUUUUAUGUUUUAUUGUGGCUGUAUUAUAAUUUAUUUUUGCUUUUGAAUAUCUAUA